UUAGGGUUCCCCAGAGAUUGUGAUAAGCUUCCAAAGGAAAGCCCAAGUGGUGUUUAUGUAAUCAAGCCCCACACAUCACCUCCACUGGUAGUCUACUGCCACGUGGAUGAGGAUGGUAAAGGUUGGACUGUAAUUCAAAAGAACUCGCAUAAAACUGAACUUACAUGGCAUGAAUCCUGGACCACCUACAAGUAUGGCUUUGGAAAUGUGAUGGAGGAUUACUGGCUGGGCAAUGAGUACAUUCAUCUUCUCACCUCUCAGAAGGUCUACAUGGUUCGAUUCUUACUAAAAGACAAAGCAGAGAAAGAGUGGCAUGCCGAUUAUGAUAUUUUUAGUCUUGAUAAGGAAGUUAACGGAUAUACACUCCGUUUAGGCAGGCACUCAGGCACUGCAGGGGACUUUCUUGCCACAUUUGACUCAAACAUUAUCCAUGACAACAUGAAGUUCUCUACAAAGGAUAAAGAUCAGGACCGUUCCUCCAGUAACUGUGCAGCAUCCUAUAGUGGCUGGUGGUAUGAUAACUGCCAUCUUGUCAUGCUGAAUGGCAAAAGCUACAUCUAUUGGAAGAAUGUGUGUACUGGAGACUGCGCCCAAUCAAUGAUUAUGAUCCGACCUACAGGUAUUUGCUGA